GCCAAUCAUGGAAAGGGGGCGGACCUUGCUUUUUUCUUUUUGGUUUGAACAACGGCAGUUGUGCGGCGGAGUAACCGUCGUCGCGUGAGGGCAGAAGGGGCCGGAGCCGGCGUCAGUGAUCAGAAUCAGUGACUGCACCAAUCCAAGAGAAGCAAUGGAAGCAUUCAUGGGACUUGAUCGUCCCCGCUGGGCCUCUAUGAGCCAUGAAGAUCAGCUCAAAGAAGCUGCAAUGGCAUUCAUCCGCCUUUGCGCAGAACAGGGAGAAGGUGAUAGCCCAAGGAAGAUGUGUUUCGCACCUCAGCUGGACCCCUACACAAGAGCCUCGGUGGCCUCUUUGGUCAGACCCACACUUCCUGUGAAGUUUAGGCAUCUUCAUUCGGGACCCACCUUGCAAGCAAAGACUCCCGAGGACCCCAGAGUUGCUAGGAAACCUGUAAUAAAAAGGAAAGUUCUGAGGCGAAGGCCUGAUGGAGAAGUAGAGGUGACGGAUGAGUCCAUCACCAGCACACCAGAGACCAGCAGUCAGAGUGACCCUGAGUAUGGGGAGCUGAGUCAAAGAAUGCACAGUCUGAAGACUCAGCAAGAGGAAGAAGAGUCAGAGGAGGAGAGUGAGCCAAGCAUUUGCCCAGAGUCUGAGACGGCUUAUUCCUGGAGAACCACAGAGAGCCAGAGCUCACAAAGAGAGAGCCAGAGCCGCAGCAGUACAUCCUAUGAGCAGGACUUGAUUGUUGCUGGCCACCCCAAAUCCUUCAUAUUACCAAGAUUUGACCAGCUAAGCCGGAACAGAAUGAAGACCGACCGGGUAGCCCGUUACUUGGAGCAUAAGCAUGACUGGGAAUCUCUGCGGCUACCGGGGGAAGAUCCCAGGAAAGUGGUGCGCUGGAACAUCCGGGAACAGAUGCUCUGCAAGUCAGAAUUGCCUCCUAGGGCUCAGCACAUUUAUAUUCCCAACAACUACCUGGUGCCUACAGAGAAGAAGAGAUCUGCCCUGCGCUGGGGAAUACGCUGCGACCUGGCAAACGGUGUGAUGCCUAGGAAUACCUACUCCUCCUAGAAAUGCAGAGGUCUCUAUAGCGCCACCCACAGGAGUAUGCCUUGCUUAGCACAGCCCAAAUAUCUUAACUACUCCAGCCAAGCACCUAAGCUAUUUUGUUUCCUUUGAAGCCCUUUCAAACCCUUAUUGGUUUUAAAUCUGGCUUUCAGAAUGAGUGUUUCCACAACACAAAGGAUUUUACUUAUUCCUGCUUCUUGAAUAUUUGUCCCAUAUAGGAACAUUUAGAGAUUAAUAUUGCCUCAUCAGAAGCCAGGCAGAAGAUGAACCAAAGUUUACUGAAGUAUAUGUCCAUGAGAAUAAUCUUUAUUUUUAUUGCAAGAUCCUUUAAACCCACUUCCUCUUCCUAACACAAUCAUCAUACUUCUGCAUGAUGUUAUUUUUAAAGAAAGUUUAGCUUCUAUGGAUUAAAUUAAAAGUGUGUGGUAUAAAAGGAUUGCCUCUAGUUUCUCUAUUGACUGGUUAAUUUGUUGAGAAAGUACCGUAAUAUUUUAUCCGCAACAAAAGACAGGUUAGAAGGUUCACCUCAUUUAUCAAUUGUGUGGAACUGCUGUGUUACAUUGAUAACAACUCAUCGCUUUCAAGUGGGUAUGUGGUUCUUUUCAUAUUGAGAAUAUUGUCUUGGUUCGUAUCUCUAUAUUUUAAAACAAUUUUAUUGAAGGUUUUUAACAUGUUAAGCAAUAAAAUCCAAACACAUUUAUAAAAACAUAAAAAAGCAAUAUAUCGAAAAAAGAGUAAUAAUAAAAUACCUAUAUACAGGCAACUCCCAAUUUAGGUGCCAAACCUAGAAGUAGCCCCCAAACAUCACUGAUAGUGGAGAGGUGGAUCACAGUGGGCAUCUACAUGCUCCCCUAUAAACCAGAAUUACUUGUACUAAGGUUCUCAUGCAAAGUGCUUUCCUUCUGUUCUAAAUUUCUUUCCACACUUGGAAACACUACAGAUAUAAUGAAAUAUGGGUUGCAUAUUGAAGAAUACAAGAGGUCAGUUAUGCAAAGUAAGUGGAGCUGUGCUACUAGAUUUGUAGGAACCUGCUUUAGCCAGAAGGCUGCCUUUCCUUCUGGGUGAUAUACUAGUUGUUCUGCCCAUUCCCCCCCCCCCACUCCAGCCCUACCCACCACUAAUCUAAAUCUAUCUUUGUACAAUGGGCUACAUGCCUGCGCACACCUCUGUCCUCUGUUCAGACUACAGAUGGGAAGG